UUUAAAAAAAUAAGUGUUUUUUAUUUAAGUUAACUUUUUAUUUCUAUUUUUGUAUAUCUAUGUAUGCUAUUAUACAAUGGAUGCAACAACUAUAAAAAAUAUUGGAAAUUCAGUUAUGCUAGUGUAUGUAUGUUUAGUGGUUAUACUCAUUCAAUUACCUUUUGGAGCAGCAGGUGGUGCAGCUUUAGGAGUUAUAGCAAAGGUUAGUGUAGACGCUGCUUUGCAACAAAUUGAUGAUGUUUGGAAAGAAAAUACUGUGAGAUAUUGGAAAUGUGCCGUCGAAAACAGAUCCACUAAAACUCUUUAUGCUUUAGGAACAACACAAGAAUCAGGAAGUAUGUCUACAAUCUUUGCAGAUAUUCCUCCACAAAGUACGGGUGUGUUUGUGUGGGAAAAAUCUAGAGGAGCUGCAACAGGGGCAGCAGGUGUUGUUCAUUAUGAAUAUGACAACAAAAUUCUUAGCAUAAUGGCAUCCAUUCCUUACGACUGGAAUUUAUAUAGUGCUUGGGCAAAUGUACAUCUAUCGGACCAUAAAAAAGGUUUUUCAGAUUUGUAUAACGGAAAAAAUGGUGCUAGAUAUCCUACAAGAGCAGGGAAUUGGGGUAAUGUUGAUGGAACAAAGUUUUUCUUAACUGAUAAAAGCCAUGCUGAAUUUAAAGUUAUUUUUUCUGGAUGAAGUGAUUUGAAAGCUAAAUGAUCUCUAAUUAAGAAACAUUUUACGUGUCAAUAAAUUAUUAUUUUUUGCUUUAUUAAAAUAGAAUAUAAAAUAUUAUUAAA